UGUUUUUUCAGUUGUCACUAUGCAACAAAGUAGGAAAACCAACUACUCCUCACAUUUCUUUGUAUAAAAUCUAAACUAAGAUCCUACACACUAUAUCAAAUCAUUAAAAAAAAAAAAAUACUUUUUUCAAAACCCUUCAAUAAAAAAGAAUGGAAGAAUCCAUUUGUAUUCAAAAACUCAAUGUUCAAAAUGACCAAAAAAUAAAAAAUUGGGAUUUUCUUUCUUCAGAUCUUACUGAAAAAAUCCUGUCAUACCUCCCAAUUCGUUCUAUAAUUGUUGCUUCCUCUGUAUGCAAGAUCUGGAAUUCCAUAAUCACUUCUUCUUCUUUCACUACCAAAAUCUCUGCUACAAAAAAGCAGCCAUGGCUUUUUCUCUGUGGCCAAAACAGUAUUUUUUACAACAGUAAUCAACCAUUUGCUUAUGACCCAGAUGCUAAUGAAUGGUUCUCACUUCCCACUUCAACCCUUUUGUCCCAAGAUUUCUUUUUUGGUUCAAAUGGUUUUUUCUUUGCUACAACUUCAGAAAAUUUCAGUUUUAAGCCUAUUUUCAAUGGAAUUUGGGUCCAAACAAGUCCUUUGAGGUUCUCCAGGUGUAAUCCUCUUGUGGGUGUUUACAAUAAAGGGUUAAAUCCAAAAUUCAUUGUUGUUGGUGGGGUUAGAUUUGUUGGUGGUUUAGUUGAUGUUGAGGAUAGAUUGGCUGUUGAGAUUUAUAACCCAAAUCUUGAUUAUUGGGAAUUGUGCCCACCUUUGCCUGCAGAUUUUAGGUCAGGGAAUUCAUCACAGUGGUUAUGUUCAGCCUUGUUAAGAGAUAAAUUCUACUAUGUUUUUGGUAUAUAUUCUUGUUUUAUUACAUGUUUGAAUUUGGAUGAACAUUUGUGGAGUCAGGUACAAACACUUAGACCACCUGGGAUUUUGUUCUCAUUCUUGGUAUCUUGUCAAGAUUGUUUAGUUUUAGGUGGAUUAUGUAAUUCAACAAAUGGACCAAAUUUUGUUCUAUGGAAGGUUGAUGAGGAAACAAUGGAGUUUAGUGAACUUGCUAUAAUGCCUCAAGCAUUGAUGUAUUGUUUGUUUGAUAGUGAUGAAGAUGACAAAUUUGCUAGUUUGAAAUGUGUUGGAUUGGGGAAUCUUGUUUAUGUUUACAAUGAAGAACAUCAUAAGAAUUACACUGCUUGUGUUUGUGAAUUUAGUAAUGAUUUUAGGAUGUGUAGUUGGAGAAAGUUGCCUAAUUUGCCACCAAAUGCUAGUAAGUUUCAUAGAGUGAUUAGCUUUUGUUCAAAUGUUUCACUUGACAACAUCCUUGUUGGUGCAAGAAUUUGAAGUUUAUCGCGUGGAGAGUGUGGUUAGAUGGAUAAGAAACAUCAGACUUGAGAUUUAAAUAAGAGAAAACUCAUGCUAAAGAGCAUUAGCUAGUGGGUCUAUGGUGUGAAUUUAAAUUCACCUGCAAGCAAGAUGCAUGGUGGGAAUAAAUGAGAUCUUUUCUCGAGUUUGAGCUUUUGGAAUAGAGAAAUUUAUAGCGGAUUCGGAGCGAUUUCUCUGUAACAAGCCUUACGUUGCGAAUCUAGAUUUUUUGGAUGGUUUUUUCACUCAUAAUAGUAUAUGUACGUUUAGAAAUAUGUAUUUUGUACUUUUUACUGUUCCCAAAUUAUAUAUGCAAAUUAUAGAUGAUAUACCUUUUUCA